AUGUUCAAGAUCCUGCUUGUCUGCGCCCUUGUCGCCCUGGUGGCCGCCAACGAGAAUGCUUAGGUCAAGGAGCUGGUCAACGAUGUCCAAGCCGAUGGCUUUGUGAGCAAGGUGGUCCUGGACAACGGCUCUUCUGCUUCGGCUACCGGAGAUGUCCACGGUAACAUUGACGGAGUUUUCGAGUGGAUCUCCCCAGAGGGCGAGCACGUUCGUGUGAGCUACAAGGCCGACGAGAACGGAUACCAGCCCCAGAGCGACCUCCUGCCCACUCCUCCUCCAAUCCCAGAGGCCAUUCUUAAGGCCAUCGCCUACAUCCAGGCCCAUCCCAGCAAGGAAUAA